AGAGAUAUGGAUUCCUUGGAAAAAGCUGUUUCUAAGUUUCUUCGCCAGCCCUUCUAAUGCCAAAGCUGAAACGGACGAGUUGCAUUAGCGUACAAAAUUCUCUCAAGCCUCACGUUCUCAUAAUUUUAUGAAGACAGCAGCUUGUUUCAGUAAAUGCGUGGAAAGCUUGCAUCUUUACCUGAAUGGAUCAUAACCAAAGCAAUCCAUUUUUUGCUAGAAUGACUAUCUACAUAUUUUGGUUAGGCUACCCGAGGCAGUUUUAUGUCAAGUGACGGCUCGACCUGCCGAAGCUCAAAGCCCCUCAUCGCGGUAAUGACACGCGCGAUUUAUUAGUCAGAGUUCACAAUGUUCGCUUGUGAUUUUUGCACCAGCAUUGCCUAUGAGUGCCUCCAAUAAAUUCCAAUGUCUAUGAAUACUUAUGUGCGGUCGUACAUCCAUCAGCACAAUCUCAGCUUUGCCAACUCACCUCACGUUGGUCCAGAUAGCUAUGGUGUACCCCAGAAAAGCGGUCAUUCAUCCCCAUGGCCCACAUUGCCACAGCCAACACACGCUCAAAAUAAUGGACAGGCAGGAAAAGAAGAUUUUUGGAAACCCAUGGACAAACUGAAAGUGCUCAUAAAUCCUCGCUCAAUAGACAAGUCUCAUUCGCCGACGUGUAAACGCUCGCCCUUGUCUUCUCGGUUCCCAUUUAAUGAAUGCACAGAUAUCACGCUUAGAGAAAGCAAAAUCUCUAUUGACGCUUGGUUGCGUCAGUUUGUUUCCAGUAGAUCAUCUAUUGCUUCUGCGGAAAGUCUCCGUAGCUUUUUACAAGAAGCCAAUUUCACGACAAAUAGUACGGAUAGUUCGCAGCCAGAGUCCAUGUCUGAGAAUCUUCGCAGUAUUUCAGCAAGCAAAAGUGAGAUGAACUCUGGGAGAUCUGGAUUGAAUCUGGCUUCUUCAGCUGAGAUUUCUCCUAUAUUAGUCUCACCAACCCCCGAAAAUGAAUCUAGAAGGCGGUUGAUGCAAGGUCUUAACGAGUGUUUUCAUGGUUACUUGUCUCGCAAAUCAGCUGUGAAUUUUCACGACAAUCUUUUACACGACACAGCGACUUUUCUUACGAAUAUGUUCAUUCAGGGUUUUCUGGCAUCAGAAACUCGAGACUUAUGUCUGGAGAUCAUUGAAAGCAUGAAUCUGGGCGAAAUAGAAACAGUGAUCUUAAGCCUCAUAGAAGAGGCAGAAAUGAAACACAUUGAGCAAGGAUUUGACGACUUUCAGGACCUGCUUUCGGAGCACGUCAUGCUGAACACAAAUGAGCUACUACACUUUGACCAGGCUGAGCACCCCAGAUUAUAUCAGAAGUUCAAGGAAAUAUGGAGGCUAAAUCCUCAUGCGUUUCUAAAUUACAGUCUUGGAACGCUUCUUUCGUUCGGCAGCAGAAUCAAAAACCGUCCGUUCUCGAACAUAUCUAUAUUUCACACGCUCUUGAUCAGUAUGGAAGAAGAGGCACAGAACAUGAAUUUGAUCAGAUUUUAUUAUGCCUUCAGAAGAGAGAUACAGGCGGAUCGAGAGACACGUCCGAAAGAUGACUGGAGCUUGCUUAAAGAACCCAUAUGUCACGCCGUAGAAAGCUCCAUGGCGCUAAUGAUGGAAUCUGGAGAGAUAGAGGAGCCCAGGACUUAUAAAAAGGAAAAAGUCAGAUUUGUCUUUUAGGCUGGCCACAUUUACUCUACGAAUGCGAAGGAAUGUUGUGCCUGGACCAGUUGAGGAUGAGACGAAACAAAAAAAUGAGACUUUUCAGGGCAAUACGCACUUCGAAAGCACUCAACGACGUCAUAAAAUGAAAUACAACAGUUUUGCCUGUAGGCCUAAUUAUGAAUUCAACCUUGAGGUGAGAAGUAUUAAGGUCGCGAACUCGACCCCGCUUCUGUAGCUGCGCAA